AACGUCAACGUUGUCUCUAUCAUCAUCAAACAUUCAAACCCAAACAAAUUAGUUCACCCUCCAUAUCCUCGUUGUCAAAAGUUGUCAACUGCUCCACAAGACACACAUCCAACAAAAACUCAAUAAUACCCCUUCAAAAUCCCUAACUUACCCUCACACAACUCCUCAAAGGAUCAAAUUCUCCUCCCUUCCCCAGUGGCAGUUCCGUCAAUCCACACCCCCAACCUCACAUUUUCUCUCUCAGACAAAAAAUUCUCUGUCCAAACCCUCCCUACAUCUCCGCCCAUCUUUUCUGAUGCAGUCCACCAAAACACGCCGGAGAAUUCCUCCGGGAGACUCCGAGCAGUCCUCGAACGGCGACAAACAAGACCAACUUCUCCUCUCUUCCGCUAUCUGCAACGGCGAAGACCUCUCCCCCUUCGUCCGCAAAGCUUUCGUCGCCGGUAAACCUGACGCUCUCCUCCACCUCCUCAAAUACUUCUCUCGCUCUAAAGAAUCUGAGAUCGAAGAAGUCUGCAAAGCUCACUACCAAGACUUCAUCCUCGCCGUCGACGACCUCCGUUCACUUCUCUCCGAUGUUGACGACCUUAAAUCUUCCCUUUCUCUCUCCAACUCUCACCUCCAAUCCGUCGCUCAACCACUCCUCUCUUCCCUCGACGCCUUCAUCGAAACCCGCAACGUCAACGCUAACUUGAAUCAGUGUAUGGACUUGGUUGUCCUUUGUGUCCAGAUCGUCGAGCUUUGUGCUCGAGCGAACUCCCACUUAAAGAACGACCAGCUUUAUUUAGCUUUACGAUGUAUAGAUCAACUUGAGCGAUGUUACUUGAAUAAGAACAAGGUUCCGUCUUUGACUCUGGGGAAUAUGCUCGAGAAACAUAUCCCCGCAGUCAGGGUUUAUGUGGAGAAGAAGACUAAUUUGGAGCUCAGUGAUUGGCUUGUUGAGAUUCGAGCUGUUAGUAGGAAUUUAGGACAGUUUGCGAUUGGACAAGCUUCUUCUGCACGACAGAGAGAAGAGGAGUUGAGGAUGAAGCAGAGGCAGGCGGAGGAACAAUCAAGGCUUAGUUUACGAGAUUGUGUUUACGCGUUAGAGGAAGAUGAUGAUGAGGAUGAUCUAGAUCUUGGAAUGGUUGGUUCUGGGAAUGAUGAUAGAGGAAAUGGAGGGAGUUUAGGGUUUGAUCUUACGCCCUUGUACAGAGCUUAUCAUAUUCAUCAGUCUUUAGGGAUGGAGGAUCGGUUUAAGCAUUAUUAUUUUGAGACCAGGAAGCUUCAAUUGACUUCGGAUUUUCAGGUCUCGUCGAUGACUCCGUUUUUGGAGUCGCAUCAGACGUUUUUCGCGCAGAUUGCAGGGUUUUUUAUUGUUGAGGACAGGGUAUUGAGGACGGCUGGGGGGUUGAUUUCUAAAUGGGAGGUUGAGAAUUUGUGGGAAAUGGCAAUUAGUAAGAUGUGUUCUGUGUUAGAGGAUCAGUUUUCGCGAAUGCAGACCGCCAAUCAUUUGUUGCUUAUCAAGGAUUAUGUGAGUUUGCUUGGUGUUUCGUUGAGGAGGUUUGGCUAUCCAGUGGAUGCUUUGCUUGAUGUGUUGAGUAAACAUAGGGAUAAGUAUCAUGAACUGUUGUUGUCAGAUUGCCGUAAGCAGAUCACUGAUGCGGUUUCAGCUGAUAAGUUUGAGCAAAUGUUGAUGAAGAAAGAGUACGAGUAUUCUAUGAAUGUGUUAGCUUUUCAGUUGCAGACUUCAGAUAUAACCCCGGCAUUCCCUUAUGUAGCUCCGUUUUCAACUACUGUUCCCGAUUGCUGUCGGAUUGUGAGAUCCUUUGUUGAGGAUUCUGUGAGUUUUAUGUCAUAUGGUGGGCAGUUGGAUUCUUAUGAUGUGGUUAAGAAGUACUUAGAUAGACUGUUGAGUGAAGUCCUUGAUGAGGUAUUAGUUAAGUUAAUAAGGACUUCUGUGUUUGGUGUUUCACAAGCUAUGCAAGUUGCUGCCAAUAUGGCCGUGUUUGAGCGAGCUUGUGAUUUCUUCUUUAAGCAUGCUGCUCAGCUCUCGGGCAUACCUUUGAGAAUGGCAGACAGGGGAAAGAGGCAGUUCCCGUUAAAGAAGGCUCGUGAUGCAGCAGAGGAAAUGCUUGCUGGGAUGAUUAAGGCAAAGAUUGACGGGUUCAUGUCACUCAUCGAAAAUGUAAAUUGGAUGGGUGAUGAACCUCUUCAAGGUGGUAAUGAAUAUGUGAAUGAGGUUAUCAUAUUCCUGGAAACUCUUGUUUCCACAGCUCAACAGAUAUUGCCCCCACAUGUUCUUAAUAGGGUUUUGCAGGAUGUUAUGUCUCAUAUAUCUGAAAAGAUUGUGGGUGCUUUGGCGGGAGAUAUAGUCAAGAGGUUUAAUAUGAAUGCAAUCACCGGGCUCGACAUUGAUAUUCAGUUAUUAGAGUCAUUUGCGGAAAACCAGGGAUCGGGUCUCUCCGAAGCUGAUGCAAAUCAGCUGAAAUUAGGUCUAGCUGAGUCGCGGCAGUUAGUCAAUUUGCUUUUAAGCAACAAUCCGGAGAACUUCCUAAAUCCUGUUAUUAGGGAAAAGACUUACAAUGCUUUGGACUACAGGAAAGUUGUGACCAUUACUGAGAAAUUAAGGGAUUCUUCAGAUAGGAGCUUCUUUGCUACCAGGGGAGCUAGGCCGAAUCCGAAGAGGAAGUCUCUGGAUGCAUUGAUAAAAAGGCUAAGGGAAGUUAGCUGAUCUGACAUAGAACUGUAAGUAGUCAAUUGCCGUAUUUUGAGGGUUUUUCUUGGUUCCAUUUCUUGAUAGUUGCUCAUUGCUAACUACAUGUGCAAAUUCAAUAAUUAUUAUUGGUUGGUUUGUAAAAUUAUAUUUGAUAUUUUAUCCUGUA